CGUAGGCAACAUGGCGGCUGCCCGGCUGGCUGCUCGCUGCGUGUCUCCUCUCUGGUUCCGCAGCGUCUCCUCCGGACACGCAGCGCUCCGUGCGGGGCCGCAGCGGGGACGAGCCCGCUGGAGCGCUGUGACGGCGACGGGACCGACAGGCUCCAGAUGUUUCCGUGGAAUCAGCAGCCGCUCUGUUCACACCGGCAGCAGGGCGGCUAACAAGCAGGACUUCUAUCAGGUGCUGGGCGUCUCCCGCACGGCGGCACAGAAGGACAUCAAGAAGGCGUACUACCAGUUGGCAAAGAAGUACCACCCGGACACCAACCCAGAAGACCCCGACGCCAAAGAGAAGUUCGCCAAGCUAGCCGAAGCCUACGAGGUGCUGAGUGACGAGGUGAAGAGGAAGCAGUAUGACACAUAUGGAGAGGUGGGCUUCGACGCGGGCCGAGCCGGGUCGGCAGGCCAGCAGCAGUACUACAGGGCGGGGGGGACCAACGUAGACCCCGAGGAGCUCUUCAGGAAGAUCUUUGGAGAGUUCACCGGAGGAAUGGGCUUCGGAGACAUCCACAACAUGUUCGAACAACGGCCCGAGUUUGUGAUGGAGCUUACGUUUUCAGAGGCAGCGAAGGGCGCUAACAAGGAGCUGAGUGUGAACAUUGAUGACUCGUGUCCGAGGUGUGAUGGGAAGCGCAACGAGCCGGGCACCAAAGUGUCUCACUGUCACUUCUGCAACGGCACCGGCAUGGAGUCGAUCAACACGGGUCCUUUCAUGAUGCGGACCGCCUGUCGACGCUGCGGAGGGAAAGGGUCGAUCAUCAACACGGUGUGCACUCUGUGCCGAGGAUCAGGACAGAUGAAGAAGAGGCAGACGGUCUCUGUUCCUGUUCCUGCUGGAGUGGACAAUGGUCAAAGAGUUUCCAUGCCAGUCGGGAAAAACGAAAUCCUCAUAACAUUCAGGGUUCAGAGAAGUCCGGUGUUCAGACGCAACGGAUUGGACAUCCACUCUGACGUGUUGAUCUCUGUGGCUCAGGCUAUUCUGGGAGGAACCGCCACGGCACCGGGCCUCUACCAGACCAUCAGUAUACUGAUUCCCACCAGUUGUCAGGCUGAUCAGGUGAUCCGUCUUCAGGGGAAAGGAAUCCGGAGGAUGAACGGCUACAGCUACGGAGAUCACUACGCACACAUCAAGAUCAGAGUACCAAAGAAGUUGACCCGUCGUCAACGCUCUCUGCUGCUGAGUUACGCUGAAGAUGAGACGGACGUCCAGGGGACGGUCAACGGGGUGGAGCCGUCUAAAGCAGGGGGCAGCAGCACCUCAGGUUCUGGUCCCAAGUCCUCCAGCUCAGAGGAGGAGCAGCAGAGGAAGGAGGAAGAGGAGGGAGGCUUCUUCUCUAAACUGAAGAAAAUGUUCAGCUGACACCAUGAAACGCUGCAGGUAGAAAACCCGGUGAACAUGGUGCAGGAAGAAAAGACGUUCACGCCAACACAGACAGGAGCUGAGAAACAAGAUGGCGGCACAGUCUCGUUCACGGUGGAACAGCUGUGCUGUCCGACCGUGGUCUCUGUUAAGACGUUUAAAUGUUGCUGAGUCGUUACCGUCGGGUCUAAAAAAGACUUUAACCAGCAGCUCGUUGUUCCAGUCACUACACAUCUCCGUUAACCCUCUUCAAACAAUCAACUAAACUACACUGAUUAUCGCAACCAUCAGAUAGUCCGCUUUCCAACGGUCCUUGAACAUGUGUGACCAAAACUUCUGUCAGAAAACGCAGAUGAAACUAAGCUUAAAAAAUGUUGAUAUUUCACCCCCAAAAAAUUAUUCUAUACGUCUUAUUUAAAGUUAGGCCCAAAAUAAACCAUUUACUUUAACUAGAUUCUGUUGAAAACAUUAAAUUAUGAACUCUUUAGUGCAACCAUGAAGUCAUGAUUGAUUCAUCUGAGACCAACAGUCAUGUGACAAAAAAUCUGUGAAACUUGCUGCUGAACACGGAGAGGAGAGGCUGGAAAAAUUGGAAUAUUUAUAACACGUAGAACCUCCGUUAUAUUUUCCAACAUUGGUAUCACUUGUGGACACUUUGAAAAUGUUGGAUGUAUAGAUUCUGUUUGCCAACUUUUGUAAAAUAAAUUAUUAAAGAAA